CACAACAACAAUCAUUAUGUAUCAACAUUUCAGACUUAUUCACAUUGGAGUAAAAGUAAAAAGGAAAUCUAGUAUAGUUUCAGUAAGUAAUGGGCAGUAACAUUCUUCUAGGUCACUGGUUUGUAGAGUCUGUUAGCCCCCUAGCUAAGUUUUAGUUUUUGAAUUUAGGACCCACAGGGAGAGGAUUCCUCUCCCACUUUCCAUGGAUACUGUGGGCGGGACCUUGAAAUAGGAUUCCGGGGCAGAGAUUUCCAUGCUCUGAAAAGUAGGGAUGACAAAUCCAGUAACUCUGUUAGAAAUUCUGGAGUCAGCCCUCAGAUACAUACAUUUCAUAUACAGUAGAGGAGAUCAGUCGGGCACAAUCCAGAGCACAAACAGCCGAACCGCUUUAAGAACCUAAUAAGCAUCAAAUCAUGUUCAUAGCAGCCCUUGUUGCCUUGGUCUUGCUGGCCUCAACUGCUUCAGCUGCCACUUCCUCGACAUCAGACAAGGUCCUCAGCAACCAUGCUACCAUUUUGGCUAACAACAGUGCCACUCUUGCCUUUAGUCUUUAUCAAAACAUGGCCAAGGAGGAAAACAUGGCAAACAUUCUGAUCUCUCCUGUGGUGGUGGCCUCCUCUCUGGGUCUGAUGGCUCUUGGAGGAAAGGCCUCCACUGCCUCCCAGGUGAAAAACAUUCUAAACGCUGCUAAAGUCAAAGAUGAAGAGCUGCAUUCUGGCCUGGCAGAGCUUUUGUCUGAGGUAAGCAACCCAAAAUCAAGAAAUGUCACAUGGAAGAUCAGCAACCGUCUGUACGGACCCAACUCUAUCAACUUUGUGGACAAGUUCGUUCAGAGCAGCAAAAAGCACUACAACUGUGACCCCACCAAAAUAAACUUCAAAGACAAGAAAGGAGCCGUGAACGCCAUCAAUGAGUGGGCAGCCAAGUCCACUGAUGGCAAACUGUCUGAGGUCACUAAGGAUGUAGAGAAGACAGAUGGGGCCAUGAUUAUUAAUGCCAUGUUUUUCAAACCUCACUGGGAUGAAGAGUUCCAUCAUCAGAUGGUAGACGACCGUGGAUUUUUAGUAUCACACGGCCACACUGUGUCAGUGCAGAUGAUGCACCGUACAGGCCUCUAUGACUUUCAUGAAGACAAGACUAAUAAGCUGUACAUCCUGAGCAUGCCUCUAGCUCAUAAGAAGUCCACCGUGCUGUUCAUCAUGCCCUACCACGUGGAGCCUCUGGAGAGGCUGGAGAAGAUGCUGACUAAGAAGCAGCUGGAUACAUGGAUGAGUAAACUGCAGAAGACAGCAGUUGCUGUGUCUCUUCCUAAAGUCAGUAUGGAAGUCAGUCACAACCUUCAGAAACACCUUGAGGAGCUGGGGUUGACAGAGGUGGUGGAUAAAUCUAAGGCAGACUUCUCCAACAUUUCUGGAAAAAAGGAUCUCUACCUGUCAAGUGUGUUCCAUGCCACUGCCAUGGAAUGGGCCACAGACGGGAAUGAAAUGGAUUCAAGCAUCUUUGGCACAGACAAGCUCAAAAACCCAAAACUUUUUUACGCAGAUCACCCUUUCAUUUUUCUGGUGAAAGACCAGAAGACAAACUCCAUCCUGUUUAUUGGCAGGAUGGUCAGGCCAAAGGGUGAAAAGAUGAGAGAUGAGUUGUGAGCUUUUGAAAAGCCCAUUUAACUGUGUGCACAUUUUCUACUGUGGUUUGGUUAGAAAGGCAGGGAAGGUAAGGGUGCAUUACUUUGUCAGGAGAUCAAAGCAUUCCACAAGACCUAGACAAAAUAUGCACACUUAUCGCAGGGAUCUCUCUAUCUGCUGUCGUGACCUUGAAAAGAUGGUGUUAUGUAUUGGCACAUAAAUAUAUGCACAAAAUCCAAAUACAGAACAGUCCUACUGUGUUUCUAUAGUGCUUUUGUUUUCAAAAUCACUUAUUACAUAUCUCGCACUCAUUCAAACAAGCACUGACUUACACUGGCAAACAUUUGUAUAGAAGGCAAAUGUAAAAAGAAAAAGUGUGUUGAAUUAUGGAUGAGCAUUGUUAUUGACUAUUGCAAGAUUUUGUUUUUUAAUUAAAGUUAUAAAAUACA